UUGCUUUUGAAAUUGUACCAAAUCUUUGACGAGACUGCGGCCAAGGACCAAAAACUUACGGGUCUGAAACUCGUGGAAGCGUUAGGAAAAGCGAAAUCGUUGAGUCCCGAAUAUUGUGAGCGAGUGAUCACGAGUCUGCUUUUGGAAGGCUACCUGAAGAUGGAUUUUCAUUACACCCCGUACAACGUUGUGGUCUACGUGUUACCAGAUGGAUCAAGGAGAUUACUCAUCAAGAAAGGCACUGGGAAGGUGACGAUGCUGGUGUCUGGUGGAGAUUCUGUUGCAGGAAGUUCCGAGAGGAAACGGAAGUUGAAAGAUUCCUGCGACGUGCCCAAGAAAAAAGUUCCUACUGUCGUUUUGGAUGACUAAAACAGACACCUUCCUUCUGUUAAUGUUUUUUUUUCUAGGAAAGCAGUUGCAUUUAUUUACCAAUUUGUGACGUGGAAAAAGGUUUAAAACUUCACUUGCUGCAAACAUUGACUGUACGUUUUCUAACAGAUAUGAAUAUCAAAGCAUUUUCGAAGUUUGACAGUGAGCUGCCUUUCGAGAUGGAUGUAAUUAUUUUUCUAUGAGGUCUACUUUUUUUAUAUAUAGAUUCGCCUUUCAAAAAUGUAGUUUUUUUUAUCGUUCGCCUAAAUCUCAAAAUUGGGGAGAAAAAAUUAGAGUGAGUGUAAAGAAGACAUUUUUACGAACAUAUUUUCAUUCAUCUCGGAUGGUGGUGUUCGGUUGACAGUUUUAUCUUUUGCGAAGAAAUGUUUCAUACAGACGCCUAGAAAAUUCUGGUAAGUUAAUUCAGUUUAGUUCAAGUUACUUCUUUUUAAUUGCGUGGCUAAAUCUCAAACCUAUUUAGAGAGGACUAAGUAGAGUGCGUGUGAGAAAGUUCAACCCGUCAAUGAAGACAUUUUUACCAAAAUAUUUUCAUUCCUUUCGGAUAAUUUUGUUCGCUAAACAUUUUCAUAUUUUCCAAAAACCCCCUCGUGCAGACGCCGAGAAGAUUCAAGUAAUUUGGUACGGUUCAGGUCAAGUUAUAUGUUGUUGUUUGGCUAAAUCUCAAACCCAUGAAGACAACGAAUUAGAGUGCGUGUAAAAAAAGUGGGAAACGUCAGAAACAUGUUUUUACGAGAAUAUUUUCAUUCAUCUCGGAUGGUGGUGUUCGGUUGCCAG